AUGCUGAAGAAUGAGAUCGAAGAAGAGAGCCAGUACAAGCGUUUCCGUACUUUCUUCAAGCUUCUUCUUGUGCUGUUCUGUGUCACAGCUGCCGCAAACAGCAUCACCUCCGGGAUUAUGUCGCUCGAACAAGACAUCCUGACUGCAGAGAAGCGGAAUGAAGAAGGAAACUUGCUGUACAGAAACAAGAGAUUUGACGAAGCAUGCUCACAAUAUAGCGAUGCAAUUGUCCUGCUUGAGCUGCAUGCGCAACAAACUCAAGAAGCUCACCAGCAUCUCUGCAAAUACCUGAGCAAUAGAGCAGCAGCAUAUCUUGCUUCAGGAUACGAUGCUGAAGCUGUCAAAGAUUGUACAUCUGCUCUUGCCAUGGAUCCUAUGCUGGACAAGGCUCUUCUUCGAAGAGGCCUGGGCCUUGAAAGUCUUGGAAGACAUGCAGAAAGUCUGCAAGAUGUCGAGGCUUUGCUGAAGCGAGCAGAUUGGGGGUCGCCAAUUGCAACGAAGGGACUGGAGCUGAAAAGAAGACUUCAGCGUGUUUUGAACCAGGUCACCUCCAAUACUCCACAUCUCGUUCCUCAUGACGAGCGAUAUAGGAGAAGAACUCAGAGGAACAACCGAUUCUUCGUCUUAACUUCCGCACUUUACCGCCAUCGGAAGUUUCAAAGGAAAUUUGAGUACAUCACAAAUGUUUAUGAUAUUUACUGGAUAAUUGUACAGUCGGACCUAGCCUGCAUAGAAGUGUCAAUGAUCGGCGAUGAUCCAGAAGUCAAACUCGAAGUCAAAAAUGACAACAAUGUUGGAAGUAUCACUCCCUUCAGCACGGGGCUUGCUGGAUGCAUGAGCGGAAGGGGAAUCGACUUGCCUCAUCUUGACAGCGCAGUCGUGAUACUGGAGAAUCCAGAUAGUGGAAUUCCAGGAAAGAUCUGGGAUGGUGGUCUUAUCCUAACAGAAUAUUUGUCAUCCAGCAGCCAUGAGGUCCAAGGAAAAUCCUGCCUGGAGUUGGGAGCAGGAACAGGAAUUGUUGGCGUUAGCUGCUAUUGCCUUGGAGCCGCACGUGUCACCAUCACGGAUCUUCAUGAGCAUGUCUGA